UUAACUGUCCAUGGCGUCUGCUGAGUCUGUGGCAUUACAAUAAGCGCCAGAGCUCUGCAACAAAACCGAAAACAGUGGCACUGAGUACACACCAAAUCAAUUUUUUGAAAGUUUAAGACGGUUGUAGGUCCGAAUGAGCUACAAAUUAUCAAAAUGAUUCGGACUUGUUUUUUAUUAAUGCUUUUUACUGCUCUGGCUGCAACAUCUAAACUGAACGUACCUCGUGUCUUAUUACCAAUCUCUGCCAAAACGCCGGUGAAUUUCACGUUGGAAGUGUCCGAUGGGGGUUGCUACACGUGGUCUUCUUCUCGACCAGAAGCAGUCAAAAUAAUCCCAAUUAUUGACGAUGACAGAUGUUCUAGACAUGCUGUCGUUACUUCUUCAGGAACUUCUUCUCAUAAGACAUCGGCUAUUGUUUUGGCCAAAGAAAUAAACACGGGAGAACUUCUACGAUGUGACGUCAUUCUAAAUCACAUCCAUACGAUUCAGAUUGCUAUGAAAACCCGUGAACUUUUCAUUGAAGAUGCCCCCGAAGAAUUUUACGCCAGAGCAUCAGACGAUCAAGGCAAUGAAUUUUCUAGCGUUGACGGAUUGGUGUUCCGGUGGACAUUUGAAGGCCAUUCCACGGAUACCGAACCGGGCAAUGAACCUGUCUUGCGUUGGGUUCAGUUUGCCGAUUCUUCUUACGAAGUUAAACCGUCGAUAGCUGCUCUCGAGACACUCGGCUAUCAAGGCCAUGUCAUUCUCAUUGAAGGUUUGCGAACGGGAUCUGCCAAAGUGUCUGUUCGGCUUGAAGACGAAAUUUUCAAAAAUGUUCCUACUGUCGAUGUAAAUAUUGUAGUAGUUGCAAAUUUGGUCCUCGAUCCUCCAGAAGUUUAUCUUCUUCCGGGAACUGUUGUGCCUUUGCGAUUGAGCCAAAUUCGUCAAGGGAAGGCGGAAAUCAUUUCUUUACCUUCAUCACAAUAUUAUUUAGAGGCAGACGAUCCCAAAGUUAGCGCUACGAUUGAAAACACCGGUUCUGUUCGGGCUUUGGAACGUGGAUCGACACAUGUCCGUUUGCGUGACAGAAAUAUGAAGGAUCCCGAUGUUAGCCAUGCUCCAUACGUGAUUGUCCAUGUCGUACAUCCUCAUCGUCUUUCUUUAGCCUUGUUGCCAGAACGAAGCUGGGCAACUAUUCUUGGCAGAACCCAUGCCAUUCAAGUGGAAUUAUUUGAUGAACACGGAAAUUUAAUCCAAUCAAAUGACGAUGUUUUCGUGAAAGUCAAUGUUCCGCAAGCAUUUACAGUUGACAAAGCCACAACAAAUGGCACUUACCAUUAUGGUAAAGCUUCGAAGCUAGGAGUACACAAGGUUAAAGCCUCUUUACGCGCCAUUAAGCUGACUGAUGGCACUGAACUUGAAUUAAAUCCAACAUUGAAAGCCAGUGCCGACAUGGAGAUCUUUGAGAGCAUCACAGUAACUCCACCCAUCCAAGUGUUAGCUUGGGAUCCAGUAACUCAACCUCGUCACGAAAUUAAAUAUAAGGCUGCUGGAGGCGUAUCAACGCACCAUUUUGCCUCUUCAAACACGUCAUUUGCAGCAGUUUCUCAAGCUGGAGUUGCCAAAACUAUUGGACAAGGCUGGUGUAAUAUUUCGGCCAAUAUUCCCAAGUACCCACACUUACGGGGAGAUGCUGCACUCUACGUUCUUCCUGCCUUCAAUAUGAAAAUUUUGAAUCACAUCGUAGAAGUUGAAGAAGGCAAUUAUCUAAAUGUACCUGUAGCCAUGAAGACUCGAUUGCCCAACGACGAAGAAAUCGCAUUUGAUGAUUGCUCUGAUGUCUCGAUUGGAAUUGACCUUAGUGAUCGGAAGAAUUUCGAGAUUGGUCAAUUGGUUAAAGAUGCACCCAAGUUUAAAGGUUGUCGGUCAAUUCCAGUCCGCGCUAGUGGCAUUUCAGUCACCAAAUUAGCACUCACGUUCAAUGGCGAAAAGACUAUCAUUAAAGAUAGUAUAGUUUUGUCGUCAUACCGUAAACUUCGUUAUUUGGAGCCCGUUAAUCGAGAAACUGUCUUGGCUUUGGGGUCUUCACGAGUGAUUGUAUUUGAAGGUGGGCCUCUUCCAUGGAUAAAUAAACCUUCGGGCCAUUAUCGUAAAGCUCAUGUCACGAAUGAAACGGUCGCAUCUGUUGGCCAGUUGCUAGCCGUAGCCGAUAGUAGGCAUAUUCACAAAGACGUCUUCCAAGUCGAAGUCUUGUGUCGCCAAAUCGGUGAUACAGAAGUUGUAUACCAAGUUGGAAAUAUUGCAUCCUCUUCAAAUAUGUUUCCUGUUCAAGCCUCAACCACGAUAAAGGUUUCAUGUGCGCAUCCUGGGCAAAUUUUUUUGAUUCCUGAAGUACGGUUGCCAGACGAAACCAGAGUUCCCUGCACAAUUGACACGGUUACGCAAAGAGUAGUCAGCCAAUCUUACCUUGAUUUAAAAUUAAUAACGGUUGUGAAAGACGAAAAUGGACGCAAAUUGGACAAUUACUCUAGCGUAGAGUUGGAGUGGGCUCUCUCUCAGACGGAACUAGGGAAACUUAACAAAGAAGGGCUGAUGGUCGACAACAAACAAGCGGAUGGAUACACCACUUUUGGACGAAGUUAUCGCCUGUUGAGGCCUUCGGGUAAAACCGGCCCACUUGAUGUUACGGUGAGGAUUGUUGGAUACAAGCAGUCUGUGUUACGUUUGCUGGGUUUGACCGUUCAACCUUCCCUGGUUCGAUCUCCGGUGCAUAGCUCAGCAGACGAAGAAGAGGAAUUCAACGAAAGAUUGACCAACACGAUUGAUUUGAUACUUGUUGAUGAUGUCAAAAUCGCACCUGCAGGAGAAUCGCUAUUUAACCAUCCCAAGAAUAAGAUGAUUCUACACCUGUCUGAUGGAUCUGGAAGUUUCCACAUAGAUUACGAACCUAAAGAUAUUGCCCUGGUGGAAUACAGCACUACGAAUCGAACCGUCCAAAUAACUCCUCUAAUGAACGGUGAACUGAAAAUUACGGUAACAGAUCAAUGUUUGUGGACUCGUCAACCUGCCGUUACAACAAUCCAGGUUGUUGGCAUUUCACGGAUCGAAUUACAAGUAUCCGACAAAAUAGAGCAGGGCAGUAGUGUUCCUAUGAGUGUUCAAUUGUUUGAUACUCUAGGCCAUCCCUUAGGUGCCAAUGUCCUCCACUUUGUAAAGUUGCAGCCUCACCUUGGUUCCUCGAUUGUACGCGUUAAAGCUAGCGAAGGAUUAGAUCACACUUUGGAAGGGGUAGCAUUUGGUGAAACUACAGUCGCUUUCAGCACGGCUGCGGUUCGUAGCUCGGUUGCGAAUGUUCAAGUAUUCGCUCCGUUAAAACUCAGCCCUCGGAAUGUCACUUUAGUAUUAGGAGCUACAAUGCAAGUGGUGAGCUCCGGUGGGCCUCAACCAGAUGCCGUUGUCGAGUAUAGUCUUGAAAACGGACAGAUGGCAACGUGUACUUCAAACGGAAUCAUUGAUGCUAUUCAACUUGGACGCACAAAACUGUUUGCACGAGCAGUGGGCAUUGAUCGUCAAACAGGGAAAGCCCGGAUCUACUCCCAGGACCAAGUGGAUAUCCAUGUAGUACGUCUAUCAGGAAUCCGGAUAGCAGCUCCUCUGACUCGAGUACGACAAGACACUGAAAUGCCUGUAUAUCUGAUGGGCCUUGACGACUUCGAAGUUCCGUUUGCCUUUGGAACCUGCAACCCCCCUCUCAUCGUUGAAUGGCUUUUGAGUGAUCACCAAUCUGGACAGGUGGCAAGUCCUUUCCUUCAUAGUGGCUUGAACCCGUUGUCAAGCGGCAGUUAUUUUGCGACGCGCUUCAAGGCCUUACAACCGGGACACACAACUCUGAAAGUUAAAGUCACGUCCCGCCCAAAUUCUGGCCAGUUAGUUCGUACCGAGCUGACAGAUGAAAUUUCCAUUCAAGUUUACGAGUCACUUCAGCUAGUCAACCCGUUUUCCACUGCUGGUGACGCGAUCGUAAUGAUGCCAAAUACCGAACUCAAUCUGCGGACCAAUUUGGAUUCGUCUGCCUCUAUUGAGUACACAGUCGAAGGAUCGAAUGAUUUUGUUACUUCAGAUAGCAAAGGCAAUAUACGUUCGGGUCCUUCAGUGGGUCAUGCUUCACUCGUUACGGCGGCUGUGAACACCUAUGGAGUAGCGCAGUCAUUAAGCACUCUUGUGGAGGUUCGCUCUGUAUCCUACUUAAUGUUGACGGCUUCUCCACUUUUGAAUUUGGCACCCACAGAUCGUCUAUCGGUCGUCCCACGAGGAUUUCAUUUGGAGCUUCGUUUAAGCUACCGAGAUUCGCUAGGCCGAGCUUUUCAUGGGGUCCGAAAUCAACUCUUAUUCCGUCCUAGCCGUUUUGAUUUGAUUCGUAUUUCGUUUGAUCCCGACAAUUCGACACUCACUGUGCACGCUGAUAAAGUUGGUCAAACUGUUUUACAUUUGUCCGAUGAACUCAAUCCUGGUCUCAAGGACUACCUUCGCUUUGAUGUGGCUGACGUAAUUCAACCUCAGCAAGCUGCCCUCGUAUUAGGAGAUGUGGUUUGUUUUUCUACUCUUGUGCGGCCGUUGAAUGGAGGUGUUGGCAAGUGGUCAGCGGAUACUAAAAUGCUCAAUAUCGAUUCGGAUACUGGAGUGGCGAUAGUGAUUGGAGUGGGAACAUCCGAAGUGACUUACAGCAUUUCCGAAAAACAGAGCACAUCAACCGAAGUUACUACAGCUCAUAUUUCUUCGCUCCGCUUUGAAGAAACAUCAGAGAAAUCCAUUACAGAUUCACGGCGUGCUGGCCAAUUUUUCGCCAUUAGUCUGCGUGAAAACGGUGGCAGCUUAGUAGGAGACAAUUGUAGCGCAGAGGCUGUGACUCGUUUCGUGCGGCAGCAAACCUCACUUCUUACUUGCACCGUUUCAUUCGCAACUGAAAGUGAAAUCAACGUCGAAGAUGUUUUUAUUUCAAAAGCUGAAUUUGAUGCCAAAUCGGGAUUCUAUCAGUGCGUAGUGAAAGCGGUAGGAAAUCCAACCGCCGCAAGCAGUACUCUGGACACUGAUGUGAUUCUCAAAGCUCAGUUUUCCAAUUCUGUGGCUCACAUGGCAAUGCCUUUCCAUCCAGCCGUCUUCAUUCAAACGCCAGAAGUCCAUGUCAGUGAUCUUCAGCCAGCUUCGCAUUUAAUUAUAACAGGGAAAUCGAGCGUGCUUCGGCAACUAGAAUUCACCAGCAGUGAUAGCUCUGCUCUGAGCAUCUACGCUCCUCAACAUCCCUCGCCGAAUAGUGUCAAGAUACCCGUUCGUUUUAACCCUGGCUAUCUCAGUGAAAACAGCAGAACAUCGUUAUUCAUAACGCUUCGAAGUCCACUGACAGGACAACAUGUAGAGAUCGCGAUUAAGAUAAAAUUAUUUGGUGACCAUGUUCAGUGCGUUCCUGAUGCAACUUGGACUAACGUGAUUUCUUCAUUGUCGCAAUUUGUCCAAGAGAGAGCUUUUAGUCUCUUAACUCUACUUGGCACCUGUGCGGCCAUUUAUAUCGGAUACCGCUUCUUAGUUGGAUGGUCCCCUUACCGAACAAGCUCAAAUCCUGUGGCAUUUCUUCCGCCUAAUGGGAUCUCAGAAAACUCGGGAUUCGUUUCGCCUUUUAUUAAACGUGGACCUCAGCUCUGGAGUGUGAAUAAUGAGUCUCCACUUCAUAGUUCAGGGAUUUAUCCGGGAUCACCACACUCAUCACCCAACACCUCAUCCCCUUUACUGCACAGACGCCAAUCACCAUUCUAAUUUUUUUAAUAGUUCCUCAGUUCAGUUGACCAAUAUGUUUCCCCUUUCGUGUGAAUUUUAAUUUCGAAUGAGACAUUCAUGUGAAAGUAAUAAGAAAAUGUAACAUCUCUCCAAGUCCACCUGUUUAAAGAGAUUAAAAACAACAAAUGGUUGUCCUAAUUUAAAUUUCUAAAAAUAAUACACAGAUUGAAGUUGAAA